AUGCCGCCGGCAACAAAGUCGGCUGCCCAAGUAUAUAUCAAACGUCCUGAUGGCACGGAAACACGUAUUGUGCGGCAUAAACCCCGGCCUGUGCAGCAACGCACUGAUUUAGAGAGCGCCAAACGGGACGAAGAUCGUGAAGCCGUUCUCGCCUGUCCACCCUACACAGCUAGCUUUAACGCCCUUUUAAAGGAGAGACGUGAAAAGAAUAGUCGUGUAUUAGUAAACGCUGUGUUAGAACGAAUGCAUGCAGAAGCAAUUCCUUUAAAUGUAGUAACAUAUAAUUUGCUCAUGGAGCGUGUGGUGUCAUUUCCUGAUGACAUUAUCUUUAGACUUUAUGAAGAGAUCAAGGAAGAAUCUUUAAAGGAAAAUAGUAGCGUUCAACCUGAUCUUACUACAUACCAACUAUUGUUUCGUGCAUGUGAACGGAAGGCACAGUAUAAUCGUGCCUUUUUACUCUACAAACAGUUACGUGAUUUGAUGCAUAUAGUACCUGAUUCUCCAACAUAUGAUACAUUAUUAGGUUUCUGUGCGGCUGUGCGAGAUGUUGCCCAAGCUUCUUAUUUUUUAGAAGAAAUGAAACAAAAUGGUGUGACACCUGAUGCGAAUACGUAUAAUUGCCUUAUGAGUGUUUUAGUAGAAAGUGCACCUUAUGAUGAAACUUUACGGGUAUUUCAGGAAAUGAUAAAUGAAGGUAUUAAACCUACGGUUAGAACAUAUAAUAUGAUUAUCAAAGCUGCACAAACUAAUGGUGACUAUGAUCGUGCAUUUCAAACCUUUGAAGAGAUGAAGAAACGUGGUUUACUUCCAGAUGUUGUUACUUAUAAUACACUUUUAUGUAUGGUAGAGAAUCGAAUAGAAUAUAUAAUGGGUCGUGGUCCUCAUGGACAUAUUCGUAGAACUUUUGAACAACGAAAACAUGGGAAAAGAGCCAUUGCUGAAUUAGGAACGACUCUUUUUUUGGAAAUGGAAUCUAUGAGUGUACAACCCAAUACGUUUACGUUUAACCAAAUUAUGACUGUACUUUUAAAAUGUGAAGAUCACCGGGUGUUUAGUGUAUACCGAACUAUGCAAGAGCGCUACGCCAAGAAUAAGGCAGAGUUACAAUUACAAGAGAAGCGUGAGGCGAAACGAAAGCGAGCCAUGUUAUGGAUGCAUGAGGAAAUCGGUGAAAAGAAUGAAGAAGACUCUAAAAGUGAUCUCAGCACAGAUGCCCCUAUUUCCCUUGAUGAGGUGAUGGGAAUGGAGGAUCCCCAGCGACCGGCACGCAUUGCGGCCCGUCAGAUGCGACCCAACAUUGACACGUAUCGUCUUAUUAUUCGUGCCUGUCUUCAGUUGGGCUUCGCCGAGCACUGCGCGCACUUCUACAAAGUGAUGACGGCGGAGGGUCUGGCGAUGGACCGCGACUUGGCGCUGCUGCUCGAGGAGGUCUGCGAGGCGACGGGCGACGCGGCGUGGGGCCUCGCGGUGCUGCGGGCGUGGCCGGCGGACGGGGGAGUUGUGAACGCGUACCUCCGACUUCUCGCGGCCCGCGGCGACGAGGCCCUCAUCACCGCCGUGGAGGAAAUGCGGCUCGGCGUGAGUCUCUUCGGGGUGCGGCCCGACGUGGACACCUUCAAUAUUCUCCUGCGCGGGUAUUUGCGGAUGGGCCGGCACGAGGAGGCGGAGAAACUCUUCGCCUCCAUGUAUCUCACCUACAGUCAAGUCACACCAAACGCAGAGACAUAUGAGUGGAUGCUGCGGAUAUACAGAGAGACGAAAGAUACAGAGGCAGCGGCACAAUUGAUGCAGUCUAUGCAACAGCGUAAAAUUACCAUCACCAUUCAACAUUAUCAUGAAUUUAUGCGAGUUUAUUUAGAAGUAGGGGAUUCCACAUUAUUGGAUAUCUUUCAUUUAUUAUUAAACUCUACUGAUGGUACAAUCCCUAAAGCUGAUACAGAGUGUUAUCAUCUCGUCCUUCAGUAUUAUUUACGUCAACAACAGUAUGAAGAAUUGGAAAAACUUUUUGCAAGCAUGAGAGCAUCUCAAUUCAUUGAACCUGAUACUGGUUGCUACAAUGUCAUGUUAGAAAUGUUUUCUAUUCAUAAAAAAGUAGAAGAGUCGAAACUCUUAUUUGAUGAGCUUCGCACAAAGUGUGUCCCUGCUGAUAUGACAACUUAUAAUACUCUUCUUCGAAUUUUUGCUCCAUCAGGAGAUGGUGCCAUGUAUGAUGUCCUGGAAGAAAUGAAAGCAAAUUAUGUAGCACCAGCUGCAAGUACCCUAGGUAUUUUACUUGAGUAUGCAGAAGGAAGAAAAGUUGUUUCGGACUCUAUGAAGCGCGACUUAUUUUGGGAUCCUGCUAAAGAACUUGAAGGACUGCUAUAA